CUGUGGAGCCUUCAAAAUACGAGCGGUUCGUGACACGCAUGGUUAAACUCGGAUGCCCCCGCAUGAGGAGGAAAAACACAUGUGUUCAUUUUUUUUCCCUCUCUCUCUCUCUUUCCCUACUCAAAUCAUCUGAAAGUGAUCAGCAGACAGUUCGGGAAAGGAGCUUUGGAGUGCGCUUGGAUGUGCGCAACGAACCAUGAGUGCCACUGCGGGCACGGAGCGCGCCGUAACCUCCAAUCAAUUUUGUUUUGCUCUCGCUGUAAAGUAUUUUUUCUCCGCUCUUUCUUCUAAACACUCUAAAAAGAUAUACGUGUGAGGAAAGUCUUCUUUGCGAUGCGGAACCCGUCUUCAACGGUUAUUCGUUUCGUGCUUGGGAUAUAUUUCUUCAUUCAUUUGACAAGUGGUGAGUUGAUGCAGGAACAAAGCAGCAGAUAAGGGAAAUAAGCCUGUGGUGUUUUUUUCUUUUUUUUUCUUUUAAUGUGAAGACCUGCGCAUUGUGUGAGCAACAUUUCCCAACUUGAUGUUCCCCUCAGCCACUCUGUGACCCUCCCGUCUUAUGGGCGACUCAGCAAAUUCCCCCGUGAGGAUGCCUGCUGUCUGCGAAGAAGAUUUAAGGAUUUCACGGACAGUAAAUUGAUUUUCCCCUCUUUCCUGUACACGGAGAAUGGCUGCUAAAAAUAGCCUGAAUGCUGAUGAGGUUACAACGAACAGGUUGCUGUUUAGCUGAAACUUAGAGACGUGCGGGAAGAUGCCCACUUAUAGUACAUUUUAAAUCACAUCAGAGCAAAGUUAGAGGACAGCAUCAAAGAGAGGGGGAAAGGAUCCCUCGCCGUUAAUUUAUUUGGUAGAUGCAUUUCAUCAGAUCACUGUCGUUCGCUCGAGGAGAAUAGUAGAGACCAACAGGCGAUCUUGGAAGCAGCUUGUUGAUGGCACUGCGCACCGGGAGGACUUGGUUUGGGCAGGUCUUGCGCAGGGUCUCUCGGCUGCAAGGCUCCUGGUCCAGGCGAUCGAGCAGUCUCUUGUGUCUCUCCGCGAACCAGGAGCAGGAUCUUGGGGUCCGUCACCGGGAUCACUACAAGGCGGGGGAGUACCACCGGUGCUCCGACUCCGGCGUCCACCGCGGCCACCGUCACCGGAGCGCACCUUUCUGCGCCUCCGCCACCAGGCGCUGUCCACACGGCUACCCCCGCGCUUGUUGCGCCUUUUCGGGGAAUCCGAGGGGACAUGAGCCCCUCGGUCGCCGGUUCCUGUUGGCCAUGAAGCGGCAAAACGUGCGGACCCUGUCCCUCAUCAUUUGCACGUUUACAUACCUGCUCGUCGGGGCCGCCGUCUUUGACGCCCUGGAGUCCGACUUCGAGAUGCGCGAAAAGGAGCAGCUGGAAGCCGAGGAGAAGCGUCUCCAGGGGAAAUAUAACAUCAGCGAUGAUGAUUACCGCAAACUGGAGACCAUCAUCAUGGAGGCUGAGCCCCACAGAGCCGGGGUGCAGUGGAAAUUCGCAGGGUCGUUUUACUUUGCCAUCACGGUUAUAACUACCAUAGGCUACGGGCAUGCAGCACCAGGCACCGACGCCGGGAAGGCCUUUUGCAUGUUUUAUGCUGUCCUGGGGAUCCCUUUGACUCUUGUCAUGUUCCAAAGUCUGGGCGAGAGGAUGAACACUUUUGUCAAGUACCUCCUGAAACGUAUAAAGAAGUGCUGCGGCAUGCACAUCACUGACGUGUCCAUGGAGAACAUGGUGACCGUGGGAUUUUUCUCCUGCAUCGGCACGCUGUGCAUCGGGGCCGCAGCCUUCUCUCAUUACGAGGACUGGAGCUUCUUCCAGUCGUACUAUUACUGCUUCAUCACGUUAACAACUAUAGGCUUUGGGGACUUUGUGGCCCUCCAAAAGAACCGGGCCCUUCAGAAGAAGCCCCUGUACGUGGCCUUUAGCUUUAUGUAUAUCCUGGUGGGCCUGACGGUCAUCGGGGCCUUCCUCAACCUGGUGGUGCUCCGUUUCCUGACUAUGAACAGCGAGGACGAGCGGCGGGACGCAGAGGAGCGGGCCUCACUCGCCGGCAAUCGCAACAGCAUGAUUAUCCACAUCCAGGAUGAGUCUCUGCAGAGGGGCCGGCGGAGACGCGAGCCGUACCGGGCAGAGGUGACUGAUUUGCAGUCAGUGUGCUCCUGUAUGCACUACCACUCGCAUGACUUCGGCAGCUCUGGGGGAGGGGUGGGAGGCCUGGGCUGUGCCUUCUCCCACCAGAACUCAUUCAGCUCACAGCUGAACCCCAACCAGUACUUUCACUCUGUCUCCUACAGGAUCGAGGAGAUCUCACCCAGCACCUUGAAAAACAGCUUCUUCCCUUCGCCCAUCAGCUCGGUGUCCCCGGGCCUCCACAGCUUCACAGACAAUCACCAGCUCAUGAGGAGACGGAAAUCUAUCUAAACCACAGCGCUCACACACGACUUUCCACGUUUUGUACACAAGGUCAAAUAUUUCCGAUGCUGCUCCUUACCAAAUCUUAUUUCAGCACUUUUCUUUUCCCGGUUUGGUUGUAUGUAAUAUAAGUAUUCUUGGGAACAGAUAAAGAACACUUUGCGCGGACACAACGGGAUGCAAAGCAUGAAGCAUGGAUGUCUAUUUUUUCAAGAGAUUGCAAAGAUUAAAAGAACACACACCCUCACACACUACACAAGUAGACUUUCCUUGUUACAGAUUUACACUGAUAUAUUAACUUUGGUUACACAUCAAAUGAUGCACACUGGGGAGAUGCUAUUUUUCAAUGGGCGUAUGCUUGUUUCACCUUAACUUGAAGAAACGUUUGCCAUUACGUACUAUUUCAUUGCCUCACUGCAGACAGAGAAUUUGAAAUGACUUAAAGCAUCAGGUAUUGUUUUCUAUAAGCAAUUAUAUUUCAAUGGUUUCACCACACAUCAAGCCAAAAUAUCGUUGCCAAUAUUAGCAUGUGCAUUAGAUGUCAUUUAAUAGUAUGCCAUGUUUUUGUGACAUAGUUUAGUCUGUUUUCAAGAGCAGCUGUAUGACGGGUGUCUGUUUGUCCUGGAUUCAAAGGAUCAUGCUGCUGUUAUUGAUCCCACCCCCCUCUCAUCUGCAAAGAUCAGAUCUGGCCCAAAAGCUUUAGCCACAGUCUUUUCAAGUUAAUAUUGACUUAUAUACAUAUAUAGGGAGAGAGAGUGGGGGAAAAAAAACGCCCUCCCCACUACACCUUUAAAGUGAUUUUCCAAUGUUUGGGCCUGACCAACUAAUCAGUUGCCUGUGUACUUUUCUCCCACGAACUGAUCGUUUGAAUAUGAGUUCGAUUAAAGCACAGAGGCUUCUCUCUUCAUUGACAGUUGUGCAUCAAUAUUUCACAAUCGGAUACCGAUAAGUCCAUUUAAAAAAAAAAAAAAAAAAAAAAAGGUAGAGACACCUGAUAUUUCACUAAGAGUUUCCCUCAUGGACCACAGUGUAUAGUGAAUUACAGCAAAAAUGAGUAACACUUAAUAAUAAUAUAUAAUUAUUGUAGCUUGAGGUAUCCUGGCUUUUAGUCUCUGGUAUGACCAAAGUCCCCAAAACAACUGUAUCCUACAAUUCCCAUGAUGCAAUUCAAGAGCAUCUUUGAUUUGACCCUCUCUUCCUGGUGGAUGUGAACUGUUCACUUACCAGUACAACUCCAGUGUAAUCCCAAGUUUUUGGUUUAAAAAGAAAACACCGCUCAAUUCUUAUCUGAAUAUGAGCCUGGUUACAUGCCGUUUGGAUUUCAGGAUGGGUCGUGUUUCAGGUCAUACAAAGAAAGAAAAAUAACUCUGCAUGCAAUAGGGUAGUUCUAUAACCAAUCAAAUUCAACUCCACCUCGGUCGUUACUCUCCUAUCUGAAUGAUUCGAUUCAGUCUUCGCCAGAGCAUAAUCAGACCUUAUACCUUAAAGAGCCUCAAGAUAUUGCAAACUAAAUACUGUCAUGGGAAACAUAACCCGAAGCAUUGGCCAGUACUAACUUGUUAGGGUUUGUGGUUCAGACUGAAGUAAACGUUCUUGGAAACUUGUCAAAUGUCUCAAAUUUAUGCAAAGUGGUAUAAGAGGAGACAGACACCAAUACACAAUCAAUCUACUUCAGCUGAAUUUCUAAGUGGUGCAACCUUUAAUUAAAGGACAUGCAUGAUCAUGUCCCAGUGCCCUGCACAGUGUUGUAACGCAUGCCUGUAGUGUCGCCGCUGACCGUCUGAGUCUGCUGCAGAACCUCACACGUAUCUAACAACGCAGCUCUGAGAGCAAAACGUACACGGUGACAAGGCAGCAUGCAGAUCUGAACUGACAACCCUUGAGGUUUGGAUGCACUUUGGAGCCAUUAGGGAAACACGACCUGAUAAACACAUCAACACGGAAAAUCCAGCUAAAGUAGACAGUAUGACUUAAUGCCGGGGGGACGUCUGGAGAUCACAGACAAGGAAAACUUAAUAACACCAGGAUGAUCCUUUCACUUUCUGUAAAAUAUCAGAGGAAGAAAAAAGGGAACGGGAGAAUUCUUUUACGUUUGGAAGAGCUGAUAAGUGCAUGAACUUUAUAUGAUGAGUGGGGAAAUUAUUUCAUUAUAAAUAAGUAUUUUAAAGGCAAAUAGGUAAGAAUGAUUUACAACAUAAGCAGAUAUUUUUCUUACUUUGACAGGAUCCUGUACCUUUUUACCUGCUUUCCUAUGUUCCAUUCAAACAGACUGUACAAUAACGUUUGUUCUCAGGUUUGAAUGAGUCAUCUUUAUCUUGGUUUGCUCCUAUAACGGAACACGAUCCCAGAAGUGCAAGUGCACUGGCUAAACAAUGAAGUGUACAUAUCAAAUCCUCAUUUCCAAACCACAGAGAUUUUCUGAGAAAUGCGACCGAGGUGCAUCAUCUCGCUGAGGCCUGUGCUGCGUCUGAGGAGAAUGUGUACAGAUGUGUCAGCUUGCAUUAUAAGCAUUGUUAGAGCCACAAGGCCAGAAACCAUUGGACCAGUUCUGGGUGGUUUUGUUGGUCAAUAGCUCCUUUUAAAGUCCAGCCCACCUUUUGUGGUCACAGCUGUAAAAUUUUCGCCAUCUAAAUUAGUCAGGAUAAAGACCCUAAACACAAUUCCCAAAUGCAUUUCAAGAUGUCAAAAUAAAUUCAAUGUAUAUUGUUUAUAAAAACUGGAACAGAAAGGGGGAAUUAAAUUAUUAAUAUUAUUUUUUAACAUACAAAGGGCCGGGAGUUAUUCCUGUACUGAGUUAUAUCCUUUAAAAUCUACAAUUUGUCAGGCAAAACUUAACUUAAUUAUCAAGUUAAAGUCAUGCCUUCUGUAUUGUUUUCAGACGAUUAUUUAACAGCCUUUAAUUAAUUUCCUGAUUAGCUGAGAAUGCCUCCGAAUGCCACCCUUUUUGGGCAAAUGGUAAAAUACCAUUGAUGCUAUUCAGUCGUGACAAAUGUAACCAGGCAUGGCAUCCAAGAUAAGCCCUAAGAGCAUUGUUUCAUUCUUGGAACUACAGCUGCUUAUCUAAAUAUCCUGUACAAUAUGUUUAUAAUAACCUUUUGGAAUAAAAAGGCCUUUUCACGGCUGAGAUGCAUAUGUAUUUUUACACAUUAGCAUAUGUGCCUUGAAGAAACAGAAGUCAGUGUUUUGACUGAAGUGGGCACGUUCAAACAUGACGGCUCCAGGUCUGUUUGUGCUUCAGCGAACCUGCUGGAAGACGGCGGGAGUCUGACUUUAGGGCGAACAGUAGAGCAGAUGUGGUUAAUGUAUAGACAGACAAGUUCUGAUAAACAAGUUAAUUUAUGCCUACCUUCUAGACACAAGUACACGCCCAAUGGCAAAGUCGACUGAAUCACUUCCUUAAGACAUAAUCAUCUUAUAAUAGCUUAAAAGAUAAUUCCACUAUAUUGCAACUUGGGUCUCAUUUUCAUAGUUUUGACCAUCGCUCCUCUCAGUGAUGACAACGCUGUACUCGCAGAGGUCAUUUGCUGAGCACAGGGAAUGCCACAACUUCACCUGGAAUGAAGUCAUAAUAAAGUAAAAGAAACAUAAGCAGUCAGAUGAUUACACUGGUUUAAUGGAUAAAGGUGGCAAUAUUCUAUAUAAAGAAAGACCAAAACCAAGUGAAAGGUGUGUACACAAAGCCUGAUGCAUAGUAUAAAAAAUAAAAUACAUUAGCCCCCCAAAAAAUGCUUUACAUUUGGGCUAAUGUUGUCUAUUUUAAAGCAGCAUUACUUGAUAUUUUGGCCACUUGAGGGCAGCAGAGCCCCGAAGCUUCUAGUGACAUUUAGGCUGUGUGUCAGCAAAUACUCGUAAAUAUUACAUUUUAUUUAGAAUUUUUUAAAAGUGCUGGUGAAUUUUAGAACAGUAGUGCUUACUAAAUAUUUUGACAUGUUGACAAGAUAUGUUUUUGUUUUUUUGAAUUAAAUAUAAACCGAGGCUGUUGCGCUAGAGCUCAGCAAUUAUGCAAAUUCCCAGUUCCCAAAACAGGUAUUUUCUUUUUGUCAUUAGUGCAGCUUUAAAGAGGGUCACAAAUGUUAUCAAGAAAUCUGGACACUGAAUGAUGCAGCAUGGUUUUGUUUUUUCCAUUGUUGCCAAAAAUACAAAUCUUGCCGAGUUUGAACAUUUUCAAAAUAACGCCAAUCUACUGGCCUAAUCAUCUGACUGUACAUUUCUUGUCAUACUGCGUUUUGUAGUGAUGUUGCAGUAUUUCCAGGUGUCACAUAUUAACAUGAUGAAUACAGUGUCAUAUAGCAGUAAUGAACCACAUCUAAAAAGUAGCAAAUUGAGAUUAAGCCGAAUUAUCUUACAAACAGUACCGACUGGGCUGAGAAAAUACCUACCUGCGGUGGGCAAUCAGUGCCACUUCCAUGUACUUUGCAGUCAGACUUUUCCGAUCAUUAUAUUUGCGGAAUGUAUCAGCCAUUAUGGAUCUUUCUCUCUCUCCUUUUUUUUUUCUUUUAUGAAGAAGCAAACAAAUGAACUGGUUUGCCCUUCAUGAGCUGCAAGUCAGGUCGUUUUUCACCCCCCCUCCCACGCGCUCAUAUAUUAGUCAGAUUUGUCUGCCAUCAUGCCACAUGUCACACUGAUGGUCCUUGAUUGAAUGUUACUCUAUAACACAGAUGGUGCAGAGAAAACGCCCACAUGCGCUCUCAGCAGCGCUGCAUUUUGUCUUCUGCCAUGUGGUAUCAAACAACACUGAGGUGAAUUGAUUCCUGUCGUUUGUUUUUGCUGCGUUCCAUACGUAGUCGCGUUCGGCUUCCAGGCGUCAUUUACUGCACGUGGCAGUGUGCGCAGGCCAUUUCUCUGUCAACCGUGCCAUGUUCUCCUAUGACAGGGACAAAGAGACACAAAUUGCACUACUCUCCGUGUAAUACACAUCAAUAGGAAGGCUGUGUUCCACAACUUCUAUUUGUGAAAUAUCCUUUGCAAUAGAUUCUGUAGGUCUGAUGAACAAAUAAUAACAUGUACCAUAUUCCUUACAGGAGAUUAUAUCCCAUCUUGUUGGCAUCCAUGUGGUUCGACGGUCACGUUGAACCGACUGACGUCGUCUGUCGCAAUUUUGAAACUGAUGUCUGUACAGUACACUCCAGAGUGGGUCUCUCUUCAACAUGCGGAGAAGAGAUUGUUGCGAUUUGUUCAGAGUGAAAUGAACAUUUUCAUCUGUAUGUUUUCUUUGUUCUUUCUUUGUUUUUAUUCUUUACGUUUUUUCCCCCCUUUGUUGAGUGUGUGCAUGGUUUGAUGAUUUGGUGUGGAUGACUCACCGGCCCGGGUGAAGCCAUAACACACUUGAAUAAAAAAAAUGAUGAGCCUUCUUCUGAAA